AUGACUACCGCCCCACCGCCCUUCCAAUUCCCGCCAACCUACUCCUUCCCCCCCUUCUUCACCCCACAACCCAACAGCGCUACGCGCACCUCGCAGCUCCAGAAAUGGUCCGCCCUGAUCCAGUCAUGGUGUCGCCAUCACCGCACCUACCGCCUGACGCUCAGUGAGGCCAUCGAGAGCCCGCUGUUCUACAACGCUGCGCUCCGGAAACGACUGUCCAUGAAAGAUGCGCGGGAUGUGCUGGACUGGAUGGCCAAGGGGGAAGAGGACGGCGGCGGCGGAGGACAGCGGGCGGAGUGGCUGGAUGGGAGCACCAAGACCGUGGCGCGCAUCUGGUGGAAGAGGCCCGAGGAAUGGGCGGGGAUCGUGGCCGAUUGGGUGGAAAAUACAGGGCAGAAGAAUGUGGUUCUGACGGUCUAUGAGUUGGUGGAGGGGGAGGGGACGUUGUCACAAGAAUGGCACGGUAUGGAUACGGACGUGAUGCUGAAGUGCCUCAAUGUUCUGGUAAAACGAGGCAAGGCACAGGUCUUUGGCGGCGAAGGCCAAGAAGGUGUCAAAUUUUUCUAG